AUGGGUAGUUUUGAUAGAUGUCUUGUUGAUGCACCAUGUAGUUGUACAGGUGUUAUAGCAAAAGAUCCAGCAGUGAAAAAUUCUAAAGAUGAAAAAGAUAUUCAACGAUGUUUUACUGCACAACAAAAUGAAGCAGUCGUACAAUAUGCAUUAAAUAAUCGACCAGUAAAACUUGUUGAAACAGGUUUAGAAUUUGGUAUAGAAGGUUUUACAAAUUUUAAAGGCACAUCAUUUCAUCCAUUUAUGAAAUAUUGUCGUCGAUAUUAUCCGCAUUUAUAUAAUUUGGAUGUUUUUUUUUGUUUCUAA